UUUGUUUUUCAAUGUUGAAUGAAUUAUUUUACAUUUUAUUUAUUGUUAUGUUUUAUCAUUAAUUCUGAAUUAUGUUAUGUUUUUUGUGUUCUGUACCUAAUGCUUUGAAUAUAUUAAAGUUAUAAAUAAUAUUACGAAUUUUUUUGAGGUAAUAGGGCUCUUAAUGGCACAAAAAUAAAUCUACUUAUUUUAUCAUCAAAUCUACUUAUUUUUUUCCUCAAUUCUACUUAUUUUAUUUUUUUUUUGAGUUUGCAUCACUGAGAAACACUCAACAUCUUUGUGCAAACUAACUUUGGUGAUGAUGCUAUAAAAAGUAAGAUGUCUCAUAUUAACAAUGCUGUAAAAAGCAGCCUCGCUAUUGCAUCCAGAUCAGGCAUUUGAUAAAAUAAAAUGGCGAAACCAAUCACGAUGAGCUGACCGUGCUUAUGAACAGGACAAAGGCUGAAGAAGAAGAGAAAAAAUGCUGUAAAAACUAGUAUCACUUGUUUGACAUGAAUCAAAGAAAAAACAGAUUGCGACACGCGCAUGUGUCGAAAUUCUGUGACGCCACUAAGAGCGUUCAGUCUCCAUUUUGAAUUUAAUUGCCGACACGAAUGUCAGUUAAACAGGUGUUAAUUGAGUAAAAGUUGAAUUGUUUUUGCCGUUUUUCGUAACGUUUUCAAAAAUUAGCAGUAAAUAAAAAUGCGGUGCGCAGUAUUUGGGUGUAAUAGUGACAAUGAAAAGAAAAAUCGAAGUGAAGAAGAAAAGAAAAUACGGUUUUAUACGUUUCCGAAAGACAAAAAACAAAGUGAUUUGUGGAAAAUUAAGUGCUGCCGAAAAGACAAUUUAAAUGCGGCUACGUUAAGAGUCUGUAGCAGGCACUUUACACCAGAAGAUUAUAAAAGGAAUCUACAACACGAGCUUUUAGGUUAUUCGAACAAAAAAACCUUGCUUUUGAAAAACGACGCUUUUCCAUCGUUAUUUCUUCCAAAACAGAAAACUACUGAUUCAGAGGAGCAGGAAGAAAGGACGAAACGGCUGCAGAAAAGAAUUAAUAAGUCAGUCGUUAACGAAAUAUUAGAAGGGAUUAGAGAGCCUCUCGAAGAAGACGUUUUAGAUGAGCAUACUAGUGCCAAUAUUCAACGUGCGCUCUAA